UAGGAAAAGCAAACCGGAGAGCGAUGUCUGUGAGAUUCAGCUUGGCGUGUGGCUGAGCAAGAAAGAAGAGUCCCCCCACGGAUGUUCUAAGUCAUAUAAUUAACUAGUCUUACAUAAAAAAUAAAAAAUAAAAACUAUCACCAAGGAUGAUGAGGGAGGGGGCUUCGUCGUCAAGAAACGGGAUCGCCGGAGAGGUGCUGCCGGCAGUGGAAGACAGAUACGGCGGAGUAGUGGCGGAGAUGAAUCAUCCCAUGGAUCCUCCUCUCUUCUCUUCUCUUCUCCGAUCCUCUCUCUUCCACUGGAAGCUUCAGGGUAAAAAGGGCGUAUGGAUUAAAUUGCCAACCCAGCUUAUCGGUCUCGCUGAGAUAGCGAUUAAGGAGGGAUUCUGGAUGCACCACGCAGAAGCAGAUUACUUGAUGCUUGUGUGUUGGAUCGCGAAAGGAGAGAACGCCCUUCCGGCCAAUGCAUCUCACCGUGUCGGCAUUGGUGCCUUUGUCAUGAACAAUAACAGAGAGGUACUCGUUGUCCAAGAGAAGACCGGCAGAUUCUGCGGCCAGGGCUUCUGGAAGUUCCCCACCGGAGUUGUGAACGAGGGUGAAGACAUAUCAGUGGCCGCCGUCAGAGAAGUUAAAGAAGAGACCGGAAUAGAUACAGAAUUCGUCGAAGUACUGGCCUUCAGACAAAGCCACAAGAUAUUCUUCGGGAAGUCAGAUUUGUUCUUUUUGUGUAUGUUAAAGCCUCUAACUUCAGAAAUCCAAGCGCAGGAAUCGGAGAUAGAAGCAGCAGAGUGGAUGCCAUGGGACGAAUACGUGAACCAGCCAUUGGUUCAAAGUCACGAGCUAUGGAGGUAUAUCGUCCAAAUCUGCCAUGCGAAGACGAACAAAGACUACACAGGGUUCACCCCUGUUCCAGUCUCUGUUCCUGAUCAACCCAGCCUCUUGUACCUGAACCCUCACCACCUCCAUCCUCCUCAAUAAUCUACCAGUACGUGGAGAUUUUUUUUUUUUUGUAAAUUUCUUCUCACGAAAUUGGUUUAAGAUCAAUCUAUGCAAAAGGGUAUUUCAUAUGAAUUAACGUGAAUUCAUCAUGAUGGAAUUGUAAAUCCUACUGUGGUUGCUUUACGAACAAAUCACACGAUAUUAAACAAAUCUCGAGAGAGAUCUAUAUUCCAAA